UCCGCCCGGCGCGGGCGGCGGGAGCGCUGCCGGGGGAGGUCCGGGAGAGUGAGCUGGAGAUGGUGGACCAUCUUGCAAACACCGAGAUCAACAGCCAGCGCAUUGCUGCUGUGGAAAGCUGCUUUGGGGCUUCCGGGCAGCCCUUAGCCUUGCCUGGAAGGGUCCUUCUAGGAGAAGGGAUUUUAACCAAAGAAUGCCGCAAGAAACCAAAGCCUCGCAUAUUCUUCCUUUUCAACGACAUCCUCGUCUACGGCAGCAUAGUCAUCAACAAAAGGAAGUACAAUUCCCAGCACAUCAUUCCCCUUGAAGAUGUCACUUUGGAGACGCUGCCAGACACUUUGCAGAUGAAGAACCGCUGGAUGAUCAAAACCUCCAAGAAGUCCUUCGUGGUUUCCGCGGCCUCCCUCACGGAGCGGAAGGAGUGGAUCAGCCAUCUGGAGGAGUGCAUCAGGCACCUGCUGACGAAGACAGGCCGGCAGCCCUCCACGGAGCACGCGGCUCCCUGGAUCCCAGACAAGGCGACGGACAUCUGCAUGCGCUGCACGCAGACCAAGUUCUCCACGCUCACCCGAAGGCACCACUGCCGCAAGUGCGGCUUCGUCGUCUGCGCAGACUGCUCCAGGCAGAGGUUCCUGAUGCCCCGGCUGUCCCCUAAGCCCCUGAGGGUCUGCAACCUGUGCUACAGGCAGCUGCUGGCGGAGAAGAAGAAGGAGGCAGAGGCAGAUCUGAGGCAGACAGAGCCGAUCUGCUCUGCCAUCCAGGGCUACGAGCCCUCCAGCGGCGAUGACAGCGACAAGUCUGAUGACGACAAAGCUGAGCGGUGGCCAGCAGACACAGAGUUUUAUACCUCACCAGUAUCCUGGUCAUCUUUCCAUAGCUGACCUCCCUGGGAGCUGGUGGAGUUUAGACAUUGGGAAGCCAACCUCUGGCCUCCAGUGUGUGUCCUUAAUGUUUUCUCUGGAGGCCAUGCCUAGGACUGUGGAUCUUGGCCUCUGUACAUGGUGUCUGUGGGGGAAGCAGAGGUGAGGUUGCCCCUCUGAGAACGUGUCUCAUACAACGUGUGUGCGGAGAAGAACAGCUCAGUGAAUAGCACGGACUGGGGCACAGACCUGCAGAUCAGUCUUGGCCAAUCGAGCUUGCCCUUCAGUGCCUUAGUCUUCCUCUCCACAAAAACACAGCAGUACUAACUCCUGUUUUGAAAUGUUUUGAGAUUGGCUCUUGGGAGAAAAAGAAGCAAGAAGUCCUGGAGUUGAACACGCUUGCCUGCUUGCAGUGUGUUCCUCUGUCGUGGCAAGGGGCCGUUUUCCAUGAGCAUUGCCAGAGAUUGUCACUGCAAGUGUGCCAGCCCCAGGGAAUAGCUGCUCAUCCUGGCAUGAGGCUGGCACUGGCUUCCAUGUCUACACCCAGGUCUCUCAGUGUUGGAAACACUAAGAUAAUGGUGCUCUGAAUGAGGUUUGUGUGAGCAGCCCUAGCAAAGCGCUGGAGCAUCCAGCUCUCACAUGGAAAGAGGCCAUGGGGGUGGUACCAGGACAGGAGGGAGGAAGGAGAGGAGAAAGGGACAGGUAAAAUUACACUGAGCAGUGAAAUAAGGAGCUAGGGAUGUACUACAGUUGACUCAACUAAGUGCAGAGCCCAGAUCUCAAAUACAAAUAUCAGAUUUCCAGAAACUUGAAGAACUCAAGCCUACCAGGUGAAAGCACAGCCCAGGGAAGACUUUUAACAAGUCUUGAAAAAUCCAGGAAAUUGCCCCAAAUUAAGAUCCUAUGAAGUACAGCACUCCAACUUCCCCUUCCCUCCUGGGCUGCUGCCCAAGGCAUUGAAUUCCCACUUGUGGGCUCACUUCUUGUCUAUCAGUCUCAUGAGUCCAAAGUUAAGGUGCUUUAUGUACUUCAAGGAUUGGAGCCAAAGACCUUACAGUUAACUUGAGAUCAGCUUUAAAGUUCAAAUUAAGUUAGAAAUAAACUGUGUUUAUCCAAGUAUUCUAUCAUAAUGUAGCAUGGGAGUAAAUAUACAGGAAAUCAGACAACAGCAAUUUUUUUGCAGCAGACAUUUCUACAAUUUCUCUGUUAUUGCUUUUAGUGUAUUUUUCUAUUGUGUAUUUUAUGCUCUGGAAAAGUAACAUGGCUGGGAAUACAUGGGCCAAUGUUAUAAACUAUUUCCUUACCAUGACCUGUUACAAGCAGUGCAUUGCUUGACAGGUGGCCAGACUUGGGGUUUUUAAAAUUUCAGUUCAAAUUGAUCAUUCUUAAUGUCUUUGAUAAAGUGCCACUGUUCCAAUGAAUUUGUAUCACUUGACUGUGUGUGAAUAAAAGAUAUGGCCAACAGGAAGAAGCCAGGAAAAUAGGA